AUGUCCUCGUCGCAGUCGGCCACUGCGACUCCGGACCGUAACCAUUCCCCCUCCACCAAGGCUGCUGGCCAGCUAUCGGUCUCUCGUCCUUCCGUGCAAGGUGGAAUCAUGGAUUCGACAGCUUCCAAAUCUAACUCCGUUGUACAUGGCCUUCAGUCACAGCCAUUGACCGCUACGACCUCCCCCGUGUCCUCACCAGCUUCAGACGCCACCCCCCAACAUGCCACUACCUCAUCGACGACUGGAACUGCUCCCUAUGGUACUCGUUCCAGAAAUCGAGUUGGUGGCGCACGCCCAAAUUACGCGGAAGAUCGCGACAUCGACACAGAGUACGAACUCGCAGGUUCAUUAUCGCGAUCUUCUGGUUCCUCCAAAAGGGUCUCGAACUUAAACAACAGCGCUGCAUCCGUAUCUGCGAACGUAGACAAUGGCAAGGCGACCGGAGUGAACACGCGAAGACAUGCAACGACAGCGACAACGACAAACGUGUCGAAUACUUCUGCUCAUUCAACGAAAGAACACAUUCCCGGAACAUCAUCCUUUUUAGCCAACCCCAAUGCCAAUAAUUCUACGACGACAAAAAAACGAAAACAACCCGGCUCACACCAAACUACACCUGCUUCAUCCACCCCAAACACUACCUUCCUCUGCGUCGACUAA